CAAGGAUAUGGGGAAGAUGCUGGGGGGAGAGGAGGAGAAGGACCCAGACGCGCAGAAGAAGGAGGAGGAGCGACAGGAGGCGCUGCGGCAGCAGGAGGAAGAGCGUAAAGCCAAGCAUGCGCGCAUGGAGGCUGAGCGUGAGAAGGUCCGGCAGCAGAUCCGAGACAAGUACGGGCUGAAGAAGAAGGAAGAGAAGGAGGCAGAGGAGAAGGCAGCCCUGGAGCAGCCCUGCGAGGGAAGCCUGACCCGGCCCAAGAAGGCUAUCCCUGCAGGCUGCGGGGAUGAGGAGGAGGAAGAGGAGGAGAGCAUCCUGGACACGGUGCUCAAAUACCUCCCCGGGCCACUGCAGGACAUGUUCAAGAAGUAACCGGCCCUCCUGCCCUGUUCCCACUCCACUUGUUACUUUUUUUUUUUUUUUUUGGUUCUUUCUUUUCAUUCAGUUAAGUCUCAGUUCUGAAGGGGAAAACCGCAGUUGACCUCUGCCCCCCUUCCCUGGCCAGGACUCCUCCCCCUCAGCACUCCCUCACACCCCCUUCAUCCCAGGGUAUUCAGCCCCCACCUCACUUCCCAGUUGCUUGAAAAAGGGAAGACAGCUUCCCCCAGCAGGGGGCGUUGAAUCCAGUGCCAGAGGCACUGAGGGCCCCCUCCAGAAGCCUAAGGUCUAUGCUAGUGUGGUAACCCCCAUACAUUCCUUCAUGCACCCCACUGCCAGGAGGACCAUUGUCCCCAGCCAGCCAAAGUAAUGACACAUUCCAGCCCUGCCCAGCAUGCCGACCUUUGGCCUCUGACCCACAGUGGGCCUCUAGGUCAGGGUAGGGGCACUGAGUGGCCUGGUUCUAAGGAAGGGAGUCAGGGUAAGCCUGCCCUGUGAGGGCCCAGCCUGAGAGGCCCUGUUGUAUUCUGGCCAGGCCUAGGUCUGGGCAGGAGGCUGGGGCUCUCCUUCUUCCCUCCCCCUGAGAUGACACCACCCAGCCCAGGAGCACUCCUCUCCCAACCCCCACCUGAAGAGGCAUGGCCCCUGCCAAGCCAGUCCCUCCAAAUGGAUCCUCUUCGGACUUUAACUCAUCUGUGGAGAGGCCCCAGGGUAGAGCAGCCCCUUGUCUCCCCCCUCUCUGCUUGGGUCCUGGGGCCCCACUGCCAGGCUGGGCCCAGUUUGCCCAGCCAAGGGGCUUCCCAGGCCCCCCAGAAAACACUUGGAGCCAUUGGGCAGCGAUGGCCCAUGCCAUGGGACCUCACCAUUGGUACAGCCAAGCUGCCCCCAUUCCUA